AUGAACGCGGAGGAGCAGUACUAUCCUGCAGCCCAGCUGUAUAAGGACUCCUGUGCCUUCCAGAGGGGUCAGGACUACAGCCCCAGCCCCCCAGCCUGCCUGUACAUGGGACGACAGCAAGCAGCCACUUACUCCAACCCCAUGAUCGCUCUGGAUCCAGGAAGUCCCCCUGAUAUCUCUCCCUAUGAGGUGCCCACAAUACCAGAAGACCCGGUAGUGCCCCAUCUUCAUCACCACCAUCAUCACCACCACCCAGGAAUGCAUCACCCCCACCAGCAAACCAUGCCUUAUCCUGAGGACACAGAUCCUGGACUCUUAGAUGAGCGGAACCGGACCAUCCUACCCUUCCCGUGGAUGAAAUCCACAAAGUCACACGCCUGGAAGGGCCAGUGGGCAGGAGGUUCUUACAUGAUGGAACAUGAAGAGAAUAAGAGGACGAGGACAGCAUACACAAGAGCUCAACUCCUAGAGCUGGAAAAGGAGUUCCUUUUUAACAAGUACAUCUCUAGACCUCGAAGAGUCGAGUUGGCCGUUAUGUUAAACCUGACCGAAAGACACAUAAAGAUCUGGUUCCAGAAUCGCAGAAUGAAGUGGAAGAAGGAAGAAGACAAGAAGAAAGGACGAGGAAGUGACCCAGAACAAGACUCUGUGGUGUCUUCUGGAGAUCUUAUAAAAGAUGAUUCUCAGUGCAGGGGCAACACACAGCCCUCGCAGGACUUGGUUCUUUCACCUCCUUUGCCAACCUCAUCCACCCCGCAUGUUCAUUCUAUGCCUUCUACUGGAUCCCUCAGACAAGUUGACAAACGAUAG